AUGCUAAUUAGCAAUUGCUCGUAUUUAAAUACAAUCCUCCUCUCAGAAAACAACACUCCCCUUCCUGUUUCGGAGUCUGAAUUUAUUCUAGUUUAUCUUAAAGAUGUUCAAUUUACUUUAAAACUGGGCUCGGAUUCUUUAAAGUCCAACAUUGGUGCACUUUUCUUAACAAAUUUAAGAGCUGUGUACGUUCCUUGGGGAAUGCACGACUUUAAAUCCUUUUAUGUUCCUUUAAGAAGAAUUACUACUUCUAAUUCAAAUAAUUUUAGGAUUAUGUGUGAAAAUGGUCAGUUGGGCACAGUUGAAUUAUCAGGACAUUCUCUCUUGACAACAUUGUUCUUUCCUGAACUGAAAGAGAUUCUAUCCGGAAUAACCGUUGAAGGUGUUGAGGAUUUGAGUGAUGACGAUGUUCCUUUAUAUUCUGAAAUACUAGAAGAUUAA